AUGGCGGUAAAAGCGGAGGAAAAGACUCCUGGGAGCGACAGGUCGGCGAAGAGGACAAAAUUCGACUACUUCGAAGAUGUGGUUGUGCUCGUCGGAAAAGAAGAGGCCAGAUUCGUCGUCCACAAAGCCAUCGUUUGCCGAACGUCAGACUUCUUCCGUGCUGCUUGUCAUGGCGAGUGGAAGGAGGCAUCCGAGAAGACCGUCCGCUUCCCGGAAGUUGAGGCCAACAUUUUCGGCAUCUACAUGGGCUUCCUCUAUACUGGAAAUAUCGACAUGCGACUUGGCCACGCUGCCGACUGCAGCACCGAUGCAAAGCCUUUGAAGGAUCUAUCAACCGAACACCACCAUCAGAUACUAGACUGGGCAAUCCUUGCGUACGCACUCGGCGAGAUGCUCCAGGACUGCAAUUUCCGCAACGCUGUCGUUGACGCCAUCAAGAAACUUCUUGGAGACUUCGGGCACAUUGGGGGCGUCGAGAACGUCACUUCCGCAUGCCAAAGGGCUUCACGUUCUUCGAAGUUGAUGAAGCUUUUCGUGGACACAUGGGCCAGCGCCGGCUACGGCGGCAAGCCUUUCAAAGACUGGGCCAAGGAGAUGCCUAUCGACUUUGUCUUCGACAUGGCUUGCGCCAGCGUGGAUGAAGCGGCCAUGAGCAAGCAGGAGAGGAGCCCAUACGCGCGCGAGAAGUGCUACUACCACGAUCACAAGGAUGGCGAGAAGUGCAAGUGA